AUGCCACUUUCCUGCUCGUCACUAGUCGACGUGCCAUUUCGCCUGGGCUCAUUUGAGUUUACCCAUCCCUUUUACAUCUGUCCGGAUACUCACUGGCAGGGUAUUUUAGGCGCAGAUUUGCUAUAUGCUCACCGUUUCUCCAUCGAUUUUGCGGCCGGUCAACUCACCUCUAAGUCGACUACGAUCCCCUUUUGUUUCCCCCAUGCCCCUGACCGCCAGCCGUUUUGCGACCCAGUCGAGCUCCACCCUCCCCAGCCCUCCGACCUGGUACAUUUGGUUCCCGACUCUCCCGGGUUCUCCUCUGAACAGAUCACCGCUGUUCGAAACCUUAUAUUCCAAAACUCCGCUGCGUUCGCAUGGGAUGGUGAACCCCUUGGUAGAACGAAUGUAUUGCAGCAUACUAUCGAUACGGGUUCGGCUCGACCAAUCAGUCAACCCCCCCCCCGCCUCGUACCCGUACAUUUCCAGAAACAGUUAGAGCAAACCAUCAAAGACAUGCUGGACAAGCACGUCAUUCGCCCCUCGCCCUCACCUUGGGCCUCUCCAAUCGUCCUCGUUAAAAAGAAAGACGGAUCUUUGCGAUUAUGUGUUGAUUACCGGAGGUUAAAUGCCGUAACCGUCAAAGAUUCCUUCCCACUUCCACGCAUUGACACCACCCUAGAGGCACUCGCAGGAGCUCCAUGUUUCUCCACACUCGAUUUGCAGUCCGGCUACUGGCAGUUGGAAAUGGCCCCCGAGGACAGGCCCAAGACUGCAUUUUCCAUUCCCUCUGGGUUGUAUGAGUUUGAAACUAUGCCAUUUGGCUUGGAAAACGCGCCUGACACCUUUCAACGUUUGAUGGCCUCGGUCUUAAGGGAUUUACGCCCUACCGCGUGCUUGGUCUACCUGGACGAUGUCAUCGUACACGAGUCUACUGUCGAGUCCCACCUUGAUAACCUGCAAACCGUUUUUAACCGUCUACAGGCCGUAGGCCUUAAACUGAACCCGGCUAAAUGCCGUUUUCUCAAAAAGUCUGUUCCUUUCUUGGGUCACAUCGUCUCAACUGAAGGGGUAAAGACGGAUCCUGCGAAGACUGAGCCAAUACGCAUUUGGCCUCAAUCAACGUCAGUUUCGCAGUUGCGCGGUUUUCUCAGUCUUGCCUCCUAUAAUCACCGGUUCAUUAAAGAUUUUGCACACAUAGCUGCACCCCUUAAUCGUCUCACUGGAAAGCAGAACGUUUGUAACUGGUCCAACGAGUGUGAGCGUUCCUUUAUGGAACUCAAACGGCGGUUGAUCUCCCCUCCCCUUUUGGCCUUCCCCAACAUAUCCGAGUCAGCCCCACCUUUCAUCUUGGACACUGAUGCAUCAGAUGUAGCCAUUUGGGGCAGUCUUGUCUCAACAGCAACUCAAUGGACUGGAACAUCCCCGCAUUUUUGCCAGUCAGACGCUCACCAAGCCUGAGCGUAACUACUCUACCACUCGCAAGGAGCUUCUAGCCGUCGUCACCUUUGUCAAGAAAUUCCAUCACUAUCUCGCUGGCAAACGGUUCAUUUUACGCACCGACCACCAGGCGCUGCGCUGGUUGGAAAACUUCAAGGAUCCGACCGAUCAACUCGCUCGCUGGCAGGCAGACCUCUUAGAAUAUUCUUACACUGCCAUCCAUGGGGCCGGUAAAAAGCAUCAGAAUACCGAUGCCUUAUCUCGCCGAGCACAGACGCCACCACCGGCCGCCGCAUACGCCCCAGCAACUGCGAUUACGUUUGGCACUCCCGACCACUCAGAGUGGGCGUCGGCUCAGGCUUCGGACCCCUCUAUAUCUCUUAUCUAG